UCACAAAAGUAAUUUUUCCUCCUUCUACGGUCGGUGAAAGUUUUUGGUUCCUCGCACCUGAGAGCUGCGCUCCGUCGCAUACAGAUGGUUGGAAUUAUUAGUUCCGGUGUGUGCCGUGCGACUGUCACCAUCACGUCGUUUCUUUUUCGGGAGUUCCUGCGUAAAGCGAAAGUAAACGGUACGGUACACUUUUCGCUGGCAGCUACGGCAGGUGGUGCCGUCUUUCGCAAACAUCUCGAACGUGUAGCCGGAUUUGGGAGUUUAGUGAUGGGUUCUAGUGGCAGUGUUGUUCCGAGGAACGUAGUCUGGAACUCGAAAAGAGAAAACUCAUCUAGCGACAAAACGGAUCCACAUCAAACCCCCUUAACAAUGGAGAAGAAAGAAGAGCUAGUGGCAAAACUGACCCCACUGCAGUACCACGUCACGCAGGAAGCCGGCACAGAGCGACCGUUCACCGGGAAGUACAAUAAGUUCUACGAAAAGGGUACCUACAUCUGCGUCGUGUGCAGCCAAGAACUGUUUAGCUCGGACACGAAGUACGACUCUGGUUGUGGAUGGCCGGCAUUCAACGAUGUACUCGAUCAGGGCAAGGUGACACUGCACAAAGAUCCCAGCAUCCCCGGAGGUAAUAUCCUAUUGUUGAUCACACAACCAGGCCGCGUGAGGACGGAGGUUCGAUGCUCGAAAUGCAAUGCACACAUGGGACACGUGUUUGAGGAUGGUCCACCGCCCACCCGUAAACGGUACUGUAUCAAUUCGGCUUCGAUCGAAUUUAUGGCCGCCGGUUCCGAACGGAAAGAUGGUUCGAGUUAGAUCAUUCUCGCAGUGAGUUGGUGAUGGUGGCGAUGGUUCCAGCAGGCUCCGUCGCUAAAAGGAUCAUAUGAACAGUGUUGGACGUGUUGUCCGCAACGAGUUAUCAGGAGAGACUCGCGCCAUGGCGAAGGACGCAAUAGAAAACGGGAUACAAAACAGCGAAACAUCAAAGAAAUCGAAAUGUGCCAGAAGGCUGAUAUGUACAAGCUAUCGUCGUUGGAUAUGAAAUUGCAGGAGAAGUGGUGCCUAUUUAUUGAUGAAUUAGCUGGUAUGGCUUAAUUAUAAUGAGGUCCUGAUUGUGCUCCAGUUUGUCCACAGUUUUUUCGUCUCAGUGCAAGUGAAUGUCUGUUCGUGAAACGUGUAGAUUAUGUUUUGUUUUAGUUUUGCGAUUCAACAGACAAGGACACUCAUGCUUCCGAUAACGUUAGAGAUACAUAACAAGAAAAAGAAGGUAAAAGUAAAGUCACAAGGGCGAAGAAUAUGUAUGAAAUAACUAACAUUUCCGGUAAGAAUAAAGUACGCGAUAUUUUCGAAAAAUAUCAUCAGAAGAAACACAUAAAUGAGUUUUUUUUUGUAACAGAACCAACCAAUCCAACGUAUGUAAACAUUUAGUUAUCUUAUCUUUGCCAGUACAGAGGAUGCGUGAUAAGAUAAUGCAAUGGGGAUAAACGUCGGCGCUUAACCAUGAACGCUUAUGUAACUAAAUAGCCAUUUAAAUUCACUAGGAACAUGGAACGUGAGAUAAUAGUAAAGGUUUACGCUAUGCAACUAAAAAUAAAAACACUGUAUA